AUGCAGCGCGCCACCUACUCCCGCUGGUGGACUGUCAUCAAGAAGGAAGCCAAGCAUUAUUGGGUCGGCACCAAGCUUCUGGCCGCCGACGCCAAGAUCGCGUCCCGCCUGGUGGCCAAGAUUGUGCACGGGCGCACGCUGAGCCGGCGCGAGCGCGCGCAGCUGACCCGCACCUCGGCGGACCUCUUCCGCCUCGUGCCCAUGCUGGUGUUUGUGGUCAUCCCCUUCAUGGAGCUGCUGCUGCCGGUGGCCCUCAAGCUCUUCCCCAACAUGCUGCCCAGCACGUUUGAGGACAAGCUGAAGAAGGAGGAGGAGAUGAAGCGGCGCAUCGGGGCACGCAUGGAGCUAGCGCGCUUCCUGCAGGACACGGUGGCGGAGAUGGCGAGCGACAUGCAGAAGAGCCGCAGCGGGGAGACUGCCACGUCAGCGGAGGAGCUGUACCGCUUCAUGCAGCGCCUGCGCGCGGGCGAGGAUGUGCCGGUCAGCGAGCUGCUGCGCUUCAGCAAGCUGUUCAACGACGAGCUGACGCUGGACAACCUGGAGCGGUACGGUCUGGUGUCGCUGUGCCGCUUCGUGGGCAUCCAGCCGUUUGGCACCGACGCCUUCCUGCGCGCCCGCCUGCGCCGCCACCUGCUGGAAAUCAAGGAGGACGACCAGGACAUCCAGCAGGAGGGGCUGGAGAGCCUGACUGAGGACGAGCUGCGGCAGGCGUGCCGCGCGCGCGGCAUGCGGGCACCCUUUGGCGAGGGCGCCGCCGAGUUCAUGCGGCAGCAGCUGGCGGAGUGGAUCGACUGGUCCCUGAACAAGCACCUGCCCUCCUCGCUGCUGCUCCUCUCCCGGGCAUUCACAGUGACCCAGCCCUUGGGGCGCGGCCCCCGCGCGGUGGAUGUCAAGAGCCUCAGGCACGCCCGCUAG